CUGUUCUCGAAAUGUUUCGAAAAGAUGGUCGCGACAUUUGUGUCAAAAGCGGGUCAUAUUGCAACAAUUCCUCUUUAUGAGCAAAGAACUGUUACUGCGGGUUGGUAUACCAUCAUUUGUUUGCCAAAAGUCAUCACCGAGCUUCGAAAAAUCAACCCCGAAAGAAGAAUCAUCCUCCACCAAGACAAUGCAAGCUCGCACACAGCCCAAAAAACAAGGCAGUAUUUAACAGAAGAAAACGUGGAAUUACUGGACCAUCCUCCAUAUAGUCCCUAUCUAAGUCCUAACGAUUUCUUUACUUUCCCGAAAAUUAAACACAGACUGCGUGGUCAAAGGUUCCAGUCACCAGAAGAAGCAGUUGACGCAUUCAAAAAUGCCGUUUUGGAUCUGCCAUCAAACGAGUGGAAUAAGUGCUUCGAAAAUUGGUUCGAGCGCAAGCAGAUGUGUAUUAAUCUUCUCUAUUUGAAAAAAUAA